AUGUCUUUCGUAAAAUGUUGUUUUGAUGCUGGCGAAGGUCAUGACAUUCUGGAAUCAUUUGUGCAAAAAUGUACCGAUCCUGGCUGUAAUGAAAGUGUUGGUUACUGUAAGUUGGGGCUAUUUUCCAAAAUGACCACAUCCACUACAGUGACUACUCAAAAUCAAGCGAAGAAUAAUGGAACAACAGCCACAAAGCUUCCAAAGAACUAUGGAAAAAUAGUCUUAACGCUUCAUAACUGUUUACUACCGGAAACUACGUUCAAGGAGACACCAUCACAAGCAGAUGGGUUAGACAUAGAAACUGAGAUUGACCUCAGAGUCCUUGGUUGUGAAAUGAUUCAAACCGCUGGAAUUUUGCUCAAACUGCCUCAAGUUGCCAUGGCUACAGGCCAAAUGUAUCUUCAAAGAUUCUACUAUUCAAAAUCGUUUGUAAGAUAUCCUAUGGAAACCACUGCAAUGGGAAGCAUCUAUUUAGCAUCCAAGGUUGAGGAAAAGCCGUGUCGUAUCCGUGACGUCAUCAACGUAUUUCAUCACAUCAAACAAGUAAGAGCUCAGAAAACAAUCUCCCCACUAAUAGUAGAUCUUAACUACAUAGAACUCAAAAAUCAAGUAAUUAAAGCUGAACGACGCAUUCUUAAGGAACUCGGUUUUUGUGUUCAUGUAAAACAUCCACACAAACUCAUUGUAGUCUAUCUGCAAUUAUUACAAUAUGAAAAGAAUAAAGCGCUUAUGCAAAUGGCUUGGAACUACAUGAACGAUGCUCUAAGGACUGAUGUUUUUAUGAGAUUUCCCCCAGAAACUAUAGCAUGUGCUUGUAUAUUUUUGACUGCACGGAAAAUUGGAUUACCACUCCCAAAUAACCCCCAUUGGUUCUUGUUAUUCAAAGUAACCGAAGAAGAAAUUCGAGAAAUCUGUGUAAGAAUUCUACAACUAUAUAAAAGGACUAAAGUAAAUCCUGAAGAAUUGGAGAGCAAAGUAGAUUCUCUUAGACGGGUAUAUCAAGCUAAUAGGCAAAUGCAAGUACAGAAGGAACGAGAAGCAAAGUUAGAGGAGAAAAAAAGUGAGCCUUCAACAUCAACAUCAAAGGAGACAAAGAGAGAAACUAAGAAUGAAAAGUCUCCAAAGACACCACCAUUAUCUUCAAAAUAUCAUACAAGUCAUAAGAAGAGGGAGAGGAGGUCUCGCUCACCAUAUGAAAGAAAACGGGAAUACUCCAGCAAAAGGCACAAGUCUCGUUCUCGUGAAAGGGAAAUAGACAGGUCAAGGGAAAGAAGGUCUGAUGAUAAGAGGAGUCGGACAUCUUCCAGAAAGUAUGAUGACUAUGAGCGGUCAAAAUCAAGUAGGGAUAGUAGGGAAGAUAAGAGAAAGCAUUAA